UACGUCAAAACAGUAUAUGUGUGGAAGUUGUCACAAGUAAGAGCUGGUGUCGGGAAUCUUCUAGGCCAUGAUGAAUUGAGCUCGGACAGGAAACUGAAAAAGGGACGAUGUAUUAUCCUGUGGGGCUUCCCAAGAGGCUCAGAAUCCCGGGAACCCGCGAUGGACAAGUGAAAUCUGUGGUUUGCAAUCGAGACAGGAUCCUCUUUGCCAUCCUCACUGAACGGGCAAUUUGGAUCUGGUUCAGUCGACCAUGUGUACCAGUGGUAGUGCACCGUCGGUCAGAUGAGUCUGUUCUCAGCCUUGGGACCAACGAAUUUCUAGAAUGGAGGCCUGAUUCUUCUAUGAUUGUUGUUGCGACAAAUAAAAAUCGACUUAUUUACUACUCUAUUGUUGUGGAUGAGUCACGAAGAGAAGUAUAUGAACAGCGAGACCCCCCUAAUCCUACUCUGAAACGGGAAUCUGCUGAGCUUUACUCUAGUGAAUCUAUACCUCCACUUGUCUUCUCAACAGCUUUUGAGACUGAGGUUACAGGAGGAGUAACUGGCUUGGUUUGUCUUCGAGAUGAACUCAUGGUUGCUACAGGGACCGGUCAUAUCCAGCGACUGCGUUGGGAUGGAUCUCUCAACUACGACUAUUGCAUAGAUCUUCGAAGAGUUCCUUUCUGUGAUGACCAACUUGUUAUGAAAGCUGUGCCUCUGGAUGCCCCUGGAGUACACGUUGUAGACCUAGAGUACUCACCACUGGUAGGAGGAUUUGCCAUUGUAUUAAGUGAUGGCCGAGCAGCUUUUCUCACUGCGUCAACCCUCAAGUUUGACCCUAAUGCCGUGCAAGGGAUCUGGGCCCGAGACCUGGAGGACGCCACCUGCGCAGCCAUCAAUCACAAGUACAGGUUACUGGCGUAUGGUCGGGCGAACUCACAAGGUGUUGUAUAUACUGUAGAUGAGGCCACUGGGGGUCUGGAAGUCUCCCAUAGGCUUAUAUUGUCCAGUCGGGAUUUUGCAGGAUCUCCUGGUCCUGUUGGGUUUAUGAAAUGGACUCCAGAUGGCACUGUAUUAGGUAUGACUUGGGAGGGAGGUGGAAUAUCCUUGUGGAGUGUUUUUGGCUCACUGCUUACAGUGUCCUUGCGAUGGGACUACACUGAAGAUCCUCUCUCCAAAGCCAUCACCAUCACGAACAUGGAAUGGGGUGCAGAGGGGUAUGAAGUAUGGUGCAUUCAAAAACUAGAAGAAGAAAUUAGCAAACAGGAAACACAAGACCAACAAUUGUAUACUGAGAAAGGUUCCAGAGAUAUGCCCAAUGUAGAAGAUCACCUGGAAGAGAUCAAGGAAUGUAGGGAAAUGCCUCAAGGUGCUGUAGAGACGGAGAAUAUUGAGGUUGGAGCAGAAGUGACAGAGUCCUCACACUCAACCGGUGUUCAGGAGAAAACAUGUGUGCUACAGUUUUCCUUUAUCAAGAGUGCUCUUACAGUUAAUCCCUGUAUGAGUCGAUUGGGGCGAGUCCUACUACAGGGGAAUGACCGACUCUACCUCAACACUUGUGAGGGACUGGCUGGGAUGCCAGACCCUACCCAGGAUUCCUUGUCUCUUUACUUUGAUGAUGAUGAAGAAGGUGCAUUUGAGGAUCCCUUACAAGCUAAAGACUCACAAUUUUGUGUGGCAGCUAAGAAACAAUGGAUUGUUAUCCCAAUACCCUAUAGUUACACAGCUUCCAACUGGCCAAUCAGAUACACCUGUGUGGAUGAGGGUGGAGAGCUUGUUGGUGUUGCUGGGCGGAAUGGGGUGGCCCAUUAUUCCUUACGGCUGCGACGAUGGCAUCUCUUUGGCAAUGAGAGCCAGGAACGAGAUUUUGUGGUGACUGGUGGCCUGCUUUGGUGGCGGUCAACAUGGCUAGUACUUGGGGCCUACAACAUACCAGCCAACAUGGAUGAACUUAGGCUUUAUCCCCGGGACCAUAAGCUGGAUAAUCUUUACGUCACUACGGUGCCCCAACCUGCUCAGGUGCUUUUGUUAAAUAUAUAUGGGGAUCAGCUGAUUGUGUUAACUGCUGAUUGCCAUAUCACAGUGUAUAACCUUCAGCCUUCGGAAACAAACUCAGGCCAAUAUAGGGUAAGUAAGCGAAAAUCCAGAGGGAGCAGGGUAAGCAGGAAGAAAAGCAAGCAGAAGGGAAAUUCGGAGAGUCUUCUGUUUCCGAGGGGUGGUGGUAAUGUUACUGUGUCUCGAGUGCAGGAGGUAGACAUUUCUGGACUGACAGUGCACCCAGCGUGUGUUGUAUCCAUAUUACUGACCAGUCUCCGCACAGAGUCUUGGAGAGUCAGCAACAACCAACAUAACCCUCUGCCAGCACAGAGUGUCAUUAUCAAUAUAUCUGGCAAAGUACUUAUGAUACAACGAGAUCAGCAGGCAGAUGGUGCAGGUGGCAAUGGCAAGUUGUUCCAUUGUGCACAAAUGACGCCAAUUGUCUUAGCCUCAAGCUGUGAAGCUUUGUGGUGCAGUAGCUGUGCUGUAAGUCAUAAGCCACAUCUUAGUCAUGCAUUGUGGCUACACUGUGGUGUUCAUGGCACACGAGCCUGGCUACCUCUCUUCCCGAACUCUGCUGACAAGUCUCACAUUUUCUUGGCUCGCAGGAUAAUGCUGCCAUUUACUCCGUCCAUAUAUCCUCUAGCUGUGUUGUUUGAGGAAGGUAUUUUGCUAGGGGCAGAGACUGACACGUCCCUGCUGGCAUGUGACGCUGCUUCUCUGCACCAGCCACUUACUAUUGUAGAGCGGACUAGUCAAGUUUACCUCCAUCACUUGUUGAGACAGCUGCUGAGACGAAACCUUGGGUACCAUGCUUGGGAGGUAGCCAGCACAUGUCGGGACUUACCAUACUUCCCACAUGCACUAGAGCUUCUCCUGCAUCAGGUUUUGGAAGAAGAAGCUUCGAGCAAAGACCCACUUCCAGAUUGCCUGUUACCCCGUGUAGUGGAGUUCAUUAGAGAGUUCCCAGUGUACCUGCAGACAGUAGUACAAUGUGCGCGAAAGACUGAGCUGGCCUUAUGGCGCUACCUCUUCUCUGCGGCAGGCAGUCCUAAGCUCCUUUUUGUCAAGGCUUUGGAGGAGGCUCAGCUGGAUACUGCUGCAUCAUAUCUUAUCAUCCUGCAGAAUCUGGAGAGUGCCUCUGUGAGUCGAAGCCAUGCCACACGCCUUUUAGAUGCUACAUUAGAAGCUGGCAAAUGGGAUCUUUCAAAAGACCUCAUUCGAUUCCUCCGUUCAAUAGACCCGACGGACCUGGACUCACCGAAGCCAUCAAUUCCAUCGUGUGGGAGUACUAAGGUUGGGUUCAGCCAUGCCACACCCCCCGUGUCCCCUGCAUGUGCCGAUGAAGACCUUUCGAUGAUUCUCCCCAAUACUCAGAUACAGAUGUUGCGAAGACAUUCCUCUGUUCUGAUCACCGCCCCGCAGGUGCUCCGUGGGAGGUCCUUCUCCUCAACAUCAGCCCCAAAGGUGGCAGUCGCGGAUGGGGCUGCAGCCUCUCAUCAGUCAGUGGUGAGAACAACAUCAGACUCGGCAAAAGUCCUGCCAGAAAUCAGUCGUCAGUGUCAGACUGUACCAACACAGCGUAAGCGAUCGACAAAUUCAUUGAGCAAGGAUGUGUCAACAGCAGAAGAAUACUUUUUGGAUGUGAUUCUACAGAGGCAUGCAAAGAAACUCUUACUGAGCUGCCGUCUACGAGAUUUGGGGACAAUGGCAGCACACUUAGAUUUUCCAUUAGUGUCAUGGCUCAGGAGAGAGAGAAGUCGCGCAGCCCGGGUAGAUGAUUUUGUUGCGUCAUUGAAGCAGAUCCACAGAGAAUUCUCUUGGCCAUACCCUUCCGUCCCAACUUCCCAUAUCCGCCGUUACUCAGUCUCAUCUGUGCGAUCUGGCGGGAGUCCUGAUGAGAGAUCUGUUAUGGUGGAGGAGAAAAUGCAAGGACUCUCAAUCUCAGUGCCAAAGGUGUCUUCACUGGGUACAGGAGAAGUAGGAGACAGUGGAUAUAUGAGCCAAGCUACGGGGGACACACACACAGCUGUGACCCCCCAACACACACCCCACUCACCCAAGUCUCCGUAUGCUCUCCAGGAAGUCAUGCCUCGCCAGGCCCUGCUGGUCCCACAUUCGCCCAGAACAGGUGAUACAGUGAGUGUGAUGAGUGAAGAGGGGACUUUGUAUGGGGAUGACACAUCCAGUGUGUGUGGCGACUGGAGCCCAGAGGGAGGAGACCCAAUGCGUGAUCUGCUUUCCCGGCCUCCUGACCCUCCUCCCCAAUCCUCUCCAAGACCCCCUCCUCAUGCUGAAGUUCAGCUUAGAUACUUACUGCAGGUGCUGUUAGAGGCAGGGUGUUUAGAGUGGAGUGUAGUGGUGGCAGUUGUGCUGCGUGAUGCCUUAGCUGUGUUACGAGUUGUGACACUCGCCCGUGCUCCUGAUGUACCUGCACAGGUCAUUACCAGACUAACAACAGGCCUGCAGGACCUCUUGCACUUUACAAAUACUGAAUGCUUGGGAUAUCAAAAUUUCCUCGGAGCAAUAAUGGGCCAGGUUAAGGUCUUGGAAAGGCUUGCAAAUACCCGAGAAAUAUCACGGACUCCGAGUCCCCACUCUUCCCGUCCUCCUUCUACAAGUCAUGAAUCCGAGCCCCCGCCCAGCCAGGAGAGUUCCCAUAGGUCUUCUGUUCGAACUUCGCCUCCCCCAUCAUCGCAUCAGCAGCAAGGCCAACAGCAGCAGUCAAUGCAGGUGCAGAAUCAAACGCAGGGUCAGCAGGCACAGCAAGUACCACAACAGCAGGCACAGCAGCCAUUACCUCACCCAGGCAUGCCCAAGGUAUCUUAUCUCCCUCGAAAUUCCAUAUCUGCUGGAGAAACUCUUCAGGAGGAAACUUCAAACCCAGAGUCUGAGAAUGAGCUCAGGGACUCCGUUCAUGAAGGCAUUUCCACUCUGGAGGAAGAGGGAAGUGCAGCCUGCGUUGUGUCAUAGGCCAGCUGGAGCUACUGUUGGUCAAGGACUUUUUAUUUAUUUUUUUUUUAAAUAUCCAAAGGCAAUAAUGAAAAGAAUGCUACUAAACUUGCUCACAACUUUUGUGGUUUGUAAUUUUUCUCACAAUAGUGAAGAUUUAAAGCAAAAGUAGAGUUGUAUUAGCCAAAUGACUGGUGCUUAAUUUGGAAAUCUUUGUAACUGCUUUGUGUUUAGUUGGCAAAAAUGUAGUAGAGCAUGUGUUGUAAACUGAGGGAUUAAACAUGUUGGCAUUUUUCAUAUACAAGGGAAAGAUAGUUUAGUAUUUUAUGGAUUUAAUAUGUCUGUUAUUUGAUCAUGGAUAUUUCAGUUUGAAAGGUACUUGACGGGAAGAGAUUUUAGAAUAAAAAGAAUAGAGUCUAAUUGGGAUUGAGGUUUUGGUAUGACUAAAUUUCUUAUACUGUAAGGUUUGGAAGCAGAAUAUAGGGAAAGCAUUUUAUAAGAAAAGGUUUCACCAGUAAUAUAAUUUCUUGCUUUACUGUAAUUUAUUUUCAUUAUUUUUUAAAGUUACAUCUGAAAAUAUGAGCUUACGCAACACAGUGUUGAAUGGUAAUGAUAGAUAAGAAAAAGAGCAGUUAGUUCUAUUAAGAGUAGUACGAUUCCAUAACCAACCAGCUGUAGUUCUGCUGCAAGGCAUUACUUGAGGGGCCAAGGAGAAUAUUAUAGUCCAUGUUAUAUAUGAGCUUUAACCCAUGUACAUGUGUGUGAUGUAUUGAUAUUUUUUUCUUUAGAGGAUAGAAUUGUAUUUAGGUAAAUCUGAUCUGUAACAUAUUUUAUAGGAGCUGUA